GGGGCCGCGGUCUGUCGGGCCGGGCCGGAGCUGCCGGCGCUGCCCAGGCGGGCCGGGCUCCUCCGGGCCGGGGUCCGGGCAGAGCCGCCGCGCCCGAUGCCUGAGGGGCGAUGCUUUGCUUUGCUUUGCUUUGCUUUGCUUUCCUUUCCUUUCCUUUCCUUUGCUUUGCUUUUGGCGUUGCCUCGCUGCAGACGGAUGGUUUCCUGCUGUCUCCUGUGUGGUGUUGCCCAAAUAAAUCUCGUUCUGGGCCUCACCGCGCCCGGUGUGUCUGUGUGGUGUCAGAAGUUGUGAAUCGCUCCCCGUGCGCAGGGUGAGCACCGAGGAGCAGGACGGAUCUUCUCCUUAGGAGACAGGUUUGGGUGUCUCCUAAUUGAAGAGAAUUGAAAUACUGUUUUCAAGUGAAUCCUCAGUCAGCCUCUUGGAUGCCUCUGAUAACUUAAGAAGUCAUGGCAGAAAAUGAUUCAAUGCCAACCUUACCAAAAAAGUGUGGCCCCUACAUUUCAUCUGUAACCAGUCGUGGCAUGAAUUUGGUGAUUCGUGGUGUAGUGCUGUUUUUCAUUGGUGUAUUUCUUGCAUUAGUAUUAAACUUGCUUCAGAUCCAGAGAAACGUUACUCUCUUCCCUCCUGACGUGAUCACAAGCAUCUUCUCCUCAGCUUGGUGGGUUCCACCUUGCUGUGGCACAGCAUCAGCUGUGAUUGGAUUAUUGUACCCCUGCAUGGACAGACAUCUGGGAGAGCCACAUAAGUUCAAGAGAGAAUGGUCCAGUGUAAUGCGAUGUGUAGCAGUCUUUGUGGGAAUAAACCAUGCCAGUGCUAAGGUGGAUUUUGCCAACAAUAUCCAGCUGUCUCUCACGCUGGCAGCCCUUUCCAUUGGGCUGUGGUGGACCUUUGACAGGUCACGAAGUGGCUUUGGUCUUGGAGUAGGAAUUGCUUUCCUGGCCACGUUGGUGUCACAGCUUCUGGUGUACAAUGGAGUUUAUCAAUACACUUCCCCAGACUUCCUCUAUGUCCGUUCCUGGUUGCCAUGUAUAUUUUUUGCUGGUGGAAUAACAAUGGGCAAUAUUGGCAGGCAGCUGGCAAUGUAUGAAUGCAAAGUCAUUGCAGAGAAGUCUCACGAGGACUGAGAGGAAACAAUAUGCACCUUUGGAACAGGAAAUGUCAGACAAAUGACUGUUGGAGGAGCAUAAGGAACACUUGACUAUGAAAUUGCCAAAAUGCAAUUUUUUUCCCUUGAGUGGUAUACUUUACUGCAAUCUGUGAUUGCUGCUUCUAUAGAAACCUUGAUGUCUGAUUUUGAUUACUGUGAAGUCACAAUAGUAUGCAAUACAUUUGACAAUAUUGGUUCAAUUAUAGGAUUCUUUUUUUCCAAAUCUAAACAGUUUACCAUAAAUUCCUGUCUAUCUGUAACAUUGCAGUGCCAAACUGAACCUUUGCACUACGUUUCUGUAGCUGAAACUUCUUCAUUCACUUUAUCUUGAAAGUUUUGAGGAAUUUGUUCAUAACAGCUAAAUGAAAGACAGAGGGGGUUCAUGUUUAGCAAUGAAGAUCUCUUUCCAUGAUGAUAGCCCGUAGUAUCUGUAUGAAAUUUAUGGAUUACAGCUGAACUUUGAUGCAAUAAGUAACUGAUUUAUGCCUAUUAACACAGUAUAUAUUCUUCUGACUCACAUUACAGGUGAGAAAACUCAAUGCAGGUUGCAUGGGUUAUUGCCAUAGCAUUUCAUUUGUCUCUGCUGUGUGCCCAGUAUCACAGAAAUGGAAACUGAGUCUGGAAACGAUUUGCUAAUUUUCCCCUGGUACACCCAGCAUCUAUGUUGGUUUUGAGUUUAUGUGAAUUGUGGACAGAUUCUGAAACUACUUGCAAAGCAGGAUACAGUUCAGGUCAUUCUUGUACAAUCCUUUAAGCUGAUUUGUGUCGAUAGGGAAAACAACUUGAGGAGUUUUUAUUGCAAAAUUUAAUUCUGCUCUGCCACCACCACAGAGUGUCAUAAAGCCCUCCAUUGCCAAUGUUACUCUUGGUGGUCCUUGCCAGGGAUCAGCAGGGCUGUAUUUUAGGUACUAAUGGAGCCCUCAUUGCUGUUACCAUAAAUGCAUUUGUUCCUGCAGCAGUUUUCUGAGGCAGAGAGAUGCUGUUAGCCCUGUUUGACAGACAGCCUGGUAGGACAGCGAGCUGAGAGAGACUGUGUGCUGAGCAGUUCCCUUCUUCAGAAGGAUUGUAGUCUGUGGCCCAUAUUUGGGGGCAUACAUGGAAUUUUCUCUUGGCUUUGCAGCUCCCUUUUAAGACCAUGAGCUGGAAGAUGUGCAAGAAAGCAGAUUUCAAGAGGACACUGCUAACCUGUGCCUGCAGUGAGUUUGGCGUGGGAUUGUCUCCACUUUGUUUUCCCCUUCUGUCUUUGUUGAUGAUAUUUAAAUGUAUUUGUUUUCCUUUUUUGUCUUUAAGUACUGUUUUUUUAAGUCUUCCAUGAAAGGUUUAUAAGACAUGUUACAGUCACCUAGGGAGGCUGGAGUUGGUCCAAAGAACAAAUAGAUGUUUAGACAAGUUUUUAUUAAUAAAUGUGUGAAUGCGCUGUACAUGAAGCUUGAACUAGGCAACUUUUUCAGUCUUACCUGCUUACCUCUAAGUCUGAAAAGUGUGGAAUGAGCACUUCCAAAAGCAUUGUAACAAAAGACGUGGUCACAAAAGAAAAACUUCUUGAAUGGGAAUUUGUAAAAAUAGUAAAUAAGCAAGUGAUGUAUGAAGAGCUUGGUUCUGCUGCUCCACAGUGUCAUCAUCAGUUGCCCACUGUCUGGAAUGAUGAUUCAGCAAAGCACUUACAGAAUGACUUUGCUUUAAGCAGAGGCAGAACAUGUCUAAGUAGACCUCUGACCAGAGAUUUUCUCUUAAUCAAACCAUAUGGCAAUAAGAAACAUUUUAUUAAUAAAAGCAAGAAACUGGGCAGGAAUGUAGGGUGAGUUUCUUUAGGUGGGCUAUGGCAAUUUGCUGAAGAAGCUGUUUGGUUUCUCUCUUAACAGUAUUUCACCUCAUCUACCUUUACUUCAACAAAUGGCUUCAGCUUGGAUGACAGUGUGAGAAGUAUUGAGUUAUCAGGGCAUGAGUGGCAUAAAAAUUCAGGUGUUUCUUGCCUAGCUGUAGGGAAUAACAUGGUACCUCAGUAGCCGAUGUGCUGGCUUGGUAAACAAUGUCAUUUCAUCAUGACCAACCAGUGUGUACAACUGAAGAUGAGUUGUUUUUGUUAUUCCCUUGGUGGUAGAACUGCUGUUACCUGCCAGUCUCAAUGCUUACACAGAAGCAGCCUUGUGUGUGUUGAAGUGUGCAGUAUGUGAGAAGUGGUUCUUGUGCAUCUGUGGCACCCACUUUGCAGCACUUUGCACUCAGAUUCAGCUAAACCUGGUUAGACUGUGCUGUCUGCUGACUUUUAAAUUUCAUUUUGGAAAUUUUGAGCAUGUUGUGCAAAGGCAGCAAUCAUCCAAAAUAAAUUUGGGUGGAGUCCUUUAUUAUAUGUGUCUUACUGUUUUUAUUCUUACUUGACUACCAUCAAUACAGGAUCACAUCGUGGGUGUCCUGUUGUUUCCAAUUGCUGUGGUUUUAUGGCUGAUGUGUUCAAACCACGAUGAGAAUGCUGACACAGCCUUAACUUCAGUGGUGUGGACAUGCUGCUACUCUAUAGCAUGUAGUUAUAACAUUAGACUGUCUUAAAAAUGUUGUUGAAUAAAGAAUGAAUAAGAUAUAUUUAGAUGCAGCUUUGAAAGCAUUCUAACCUCUUCACUAAUUAACCCUUGUAAGGUCCGUGCUGUUUAAACUGGCAAAUUGCUGUUAAAAGCAAAAUACACAUUAAACACAAUUGCAGCCUUGA